AUGAAGUCCUCUCUGCUGUCGGCUGUCCUGGCGCUUGUCCCCACCGCCAUUGCCUGGAAAGAAGUCUCCAGCUGCGACGACAUCAAGUACACUUCAGUUACGGGCUUCUUCCUACAGGACGACCCCAAUACCAAUCCCAGCACCUUUGACUAUGUACGCAAAAAAUUCCCCAUCAUCACCCGCAAGAUAUUAGAGACGUAUCCUACUGAUGCCAAGUUCGACCCUCAUCACAAGAAGACUCAAUGGCAGCGCUUUGCCAAUUAUGUCGACUCGUUGAAUGACGAGUGCAAGAAGGACAGGAAGACCACUUACAAGGUGCUCUUCAUGGGUCGCCACGGUGAGGGAUGGCACAACGCCGCCGAGACCUUCUACGGCACUCCUGCUUGGAACUGCUAUUGGGCUGAAUUGGAUGGCAACGGCACUGCCACCUGGGCUGAUGCUCAGUUGACCGCCAACGGUAUUGCGCAAGCCAGCAAGGCCAAUGCCUACUACAAGUCACGCUUCGAACAAGAGAAGCUGCCUUACUUUCAGUCCUACUACAGCUCGCCUCUCAAGCGAUGCAUUCAGACGGCCAAUGUUACCUUUGCCACCCUCAACCUGCCUCACUCGCACCCCUUCAAGCCCACUAUCAAGGAGCUCUUCCGUGAGAGCAUCAGCAUCCACACCUGCGACCGCCGCUCUACCAAGACUCAGAUCCACGCAUUCGCGCCUCAUUUCCUGUUUGAGGAGGGCUUUUCGGAGGACGACCUGCUGUGGCGAGGUAACGAGGACGAGGGCGAGACCUCUGCCCAUCAGGUCGCACGUAGCAAGACCGUAAUGGACGAUGUCUUUUCUCACGAUGACAACACCUGGAUCAGCAUCACCAGCCACUCUGGUGAGAUUGGCAGCAUUCUGACUGCGCUAAACCACCAAGCUUUCAGCCUCAACACCGGCCAGAUCAUUCCUGUCCUUGUCAAGGCCGAGUUAGUUCAGCACACUGUAGAACCCACCACCACCUACGCUGGUUUCACCACCGAACCGACUUGCAAGUCCCCUCCUUUGACUAGUAUCUCCGGCCAGGGCUGUGUUUGUGCCACCGCUACCACUACCUUUACCACGGCAAAGGCUACGUUGAAGGGCGAACUUUGA